UUCCCAGUCCCCGGCCCGCGCAGUCUCGUCUCCAUGGCGACGCGGCGUCUACGGCUCCUCGCUCCCAACACCGAGCCGACCAGGAGCUGGGCUAGCUUUCUGUGUCAACCCUUCAAAGCUAGUCGGCGUGAGAGGGCCACAGGCGGGUAAGAAGCGCCGCAUCGACCACGGUCGCCCUCUCCCCAUCCCAGCGAGCAGCCUGACCCAGUCCUCACCUCGGACUCCCCCAGGCCCGGCGCCUGAGCCCGCAAACUUCUCUGCCUACUCCAGGUUCAGGCUCUGGCGCUCCAACGCAGCCGAGGCGGCGCGCGAGGAGGAAUCAUCUAGACAAGACAGAAGCUGUAAAGGCACCAAAAUAAGGACAGAAUGGCCGAUUGCUAGUGUUUGAUCCAAAGGUAAAUGCCUCUUUAGAUGCAGACCAACAUUGGCAAGCAAACUUUAUACCUCACCAACACAAGUCUCUCUAAAUGUAGCGAAGACAGUCUCAGAAAAGUGAAAUGAGCAAAAAUGUAGUCAUUACAGAGCAGGAGAAAAAUAAUGAAUGUUCCCCUGAGGAUACUGAUGAUAAGUUGUCUGAAUCAACACAUGAUGAUGGUGAGGAUGAUACCAGUGAUGAAGAUAAUGAGGAAGACAGUAACCCUAAUAAGGAUACUCAUGCCCCAUUAGAGUUAAUGACAGAAUUCCUGAGAGCAGAAAUGGGCCAAGACUACCGUUUGGCAAAAAAAUUAUGUCAGAUGAGCUCCACCUCUGUGUCAGUCCUAAUCUAUGAACCAGAAAAUCCGGAGGCCAAGGAGUUUUUCUCACUUAUUGAAGAAAUGCUGCUGAUGGAGAAAGCUCAAAAUCUGGAGGAAGAUGAUGAAGAGAGUGAAGAAGACAGUAGCGGUGAGGGUGAAGGGGAGAGCAGUGAGGACCCAAGUGAAGAAAGCUCUGAUGGAUGUGAAGAUGGGUGAUGAGAGUUGCUGCUAUCGUUUAAUCUUCAUGUGUGUUCAUUACUGUAUACUAUGGAAAUAUAAAGAAGAG